CAAAGCUCUGGUGUAGUUGAAGUCAUAUAAGACAUGGAUCAGAAUCAGGGUAUUACAGUCCUUCCAGGUGAUGCCCUUGUGGAUUCCAUCAAAGAGAACUUGGAAUCUUUGUCUUCUCUUUCAACCAACUGUUGUAUCUAUAAGGCACCUGAGAGGCUGCGCAGAUUGAACCCCGAUGCUUAUUCGCCUCGGGUUGUGUCGAUUGGACCCUUACACUACGGUAAAGAAGAACUUCAAGCCAUGGAAGAUCAUAAACUUAGGUACCUACAGAGUUUUAUUCCUAGAACAGCCUUAAGUUUGGAAGACCUGGUAAGAGUUGCAAGGACAUGGGAAGAAAGGGCUCGCUUUUGUUACACAGAAGAUGUAAGACUUAGUAGCGAUGAAUAUGUGAAGAUGUUAAUCGUUGAUGCAAGCUUCCUAGUAGAACUUCUUUUGAGGUCUCAGUUUGAUGUAUAUAGAGGUAUGCUAGAUAGGAUAUAUGGGAAGCAAAAGAUGAUUGUCGAUGUGAACCAUGACGUUAUGUUACUUGAAAAUCAGCUUCCAUAUUUUGUUGUCGAGGGGAUGUUUGGAUUGCUACAUGUUGACUACCAUAGGGAACUUCCCCCUCUGACUCGAAUCAUUCACAACCACUUCAAGAAAUUCUGGAUGAGCAUCCCUUCAUUUUCGAGAAGCAUUUCUGAUUCAAAGAUCUGUCAUUUUGUUGACCUUCUGCGAUCUAUUCACCUGCCUUUGGUUUUGAGUUUUCCUGGAGGAAGCAUGAGGAUGAUGGACUCUGUACUGAGUGCAAAAGAGAUUCAAAAUGCCGGUGUUAAGCUCCAGCCCGCAGAUAACAACACCUGCGCACUUGACAUAAGCUUUGCAAACGGAGUCCUCACGAUUCCCAAAAUCAAGAUCAACGACAUCACAGAAUCUCUGUACAGAAACAUCAUCUUGUUUGAGCAAUGUCAUCGUUUAGAUGCUUACUUCAUUCAUUAUAUGAGGUUCCUCAGUUGCUUCAUAAGAUCUCCCAUGGAUGCUGAGUUGUUCAUUGACCACGGGAUCAUUGUGAACAGAUUUGGAAAUGCAGAAGACGUUUCGAGGCUGUUCAAUAGCAUAUUGAAAGAGACAAGUUACAGCGGGUUUUACUAUAAGACAGUCUAUGGGAAUCUACAAGCGCAUUGCAAUGCGCCUUGGAACAAGUGGAAAGCAACUCUGAGACGUGAUUAUUUCCACAAUCCUUGGUCAGCUGCUUCUGUUGUGGCUGCCUGUGUACUUCUCCUUCUUACUUUCGUUCAGGCUAUAUGCUCUAUAUUAGCUUUAUGACUUGUGAGACAGUAAAGGAUAAUCAAAUGUUGGGAAAGAGGAAUGUUAUAUAUGCAGAGAAUCUUGUAACAGAAGCAACAUAAGAUUACCAGUUAUGUGUGUGGGUUUGUUGAAUGUUGUAUGUGAAUCCAGUCGCCAUUAGACUGAGAUUAGGGAGAAAAGAAUCUGAGGGAUGUGAGGAAAGCUUCUAAACUCACUGAGAUUAGGGAGAUUAGAGUCUGAGGGAUGUAAGCGAAGAUUCUAAACCCAUUUGUUUUUUUGUGAUUCAUUGAUACUUUCAUUGUUUCUUUGUUUUUCAUCAAUACAAUUGUGGAUAAGCAAA